AGGAAUGCUUGUCACCUACUCCUUUUUGAGUUCCCAAUCUCCUUCCUCAACGCAGAUAGAGAGAGAGAGAGAGAUCUUCUGGUUCAACAAUGGAGAAACACAAAUGCAAGCUCUGCGCUAGAACUUUCAACAAUGGCAGAGCCUUGGGUGGUCACAUGAAAGCUCAUCUCACCACCCUUCCUCUUCCACCCAAGACUCACCACCAGCUCGCUCAUCCCUCCACCGACUCAGCUUCAUCUUCAUCCCCUCAAAACCGUCACAAAACCACCAGCACCAACCUAGAAGUGGAAGACAAAUCUCUCAUUUACAGCUUGAGGGAGAAUCCCAAGAAGAGUUUCAGAGUUGCAGAUCCCGAGUUCUCUUUCGCAGCUGACUCAGCUGCCGGCUCCGUAGUUCAAGACAGAGAGAGCGAGACCGAGUCAAGGAACCCAACUCGGAGACGAUCUAAGAGAAAUCGGAGACACGAUAACACUAGCCAGAAGAAACCCAUUUGGGAUGAAACGACGUCGUCGCCGGAACCGGCGAGUUCCGUUUCCGAUACUUCCCCGGAAGAAGAUGUUGCUCUGUGUCUCAUCAUGCUUUCAAGAGAUGUAUGGAAGAAAAACAAAUUACAAUUCGAUGAAUCUGAUGACACAAUCAAAUCGAAACAUCGCUGUGAAAAAUGCAAGAAGGUAUUCAAAUCUUAUCAUGCACUGGUCGGACACAGGAGAAUUUGUUUGAGUCCAGAAAAUUUCAUUACUAAAAAUCAUGAUCAGAAAAGUUUCCAGUGCCCAUUUUGCUUCAGAUUUUUUGCUUCUGGACAAGCACUUGGCGGUCACAAAAGAUCUCACUUGCUAGUUUCUUCUUCUUCUUCUUCCUCUGUGUUGAAGAACAGUUUCAUCGAUCUAAACAUGCCUGCUCCUGUAGAAGACGAUCAGUUUAGCGUGGUUUCAGAUUCAUAACUUGAAAAUUUUGCUUGGGUAUAUUUAGUUUUCUUCUCUGAUUUGAUUAAUUUUUUCUU